AUGUCCGAGAGGAAAAAAAUUAUAAUAGCUUUGGCUACACAACAUAAAGUAGUUUGCGUUCAAGAGGCAGGCGAUCUUAAAAAUCAUUAUAGUGAACUCACAUCCUUUGGUCAAAAUUGUUCUGAAUUGGCACAGGAUAGCUUUGAAGAUGAUUCGUUGGAUCAACAAGAGACACAUACCUUUAAAAAUAUAAAUGAAUUUACAUUACAUAGUAAUAAUUCUGUCCCAGAUCAGAGUAACUCAAAAUGCAGUACUUUGGAACAACACGUAGAGAUCUUUGAAAACCAAAAUUAUGAUUAUAAUAACAUCUGUGCCAAAGAAAAAGAUUUAUUUGAAAUGCAACCAUAUUCUGUAAGCAAAAUUACUGAUGAAACAAAGAAAGUUAGUGCAAAAGUUUAUUUCGAAAUGAAACCCCUAUCCCCAAUUAAUGAAGUGGAAUAUGGUCGCCGAGAAUUAUUGUUCACAGAGUUGCAAUCACCAUCCUCGACUAAAAACGAUUAUGUAAGACAAGAAAGUCAAACUGUUUGUACUAACAAGAGCUUAAAUGAAACGAAUUUGACUAAAACUUAUUCCAAAGAACAGUCAACACCUCAGAAUGAUAAUACAGAUGAUUUUCACCAAUAUGAAGAAGCUUGCGACCAAUCUGCUUCUUUUAAUAGACACCAAGACUAUCCUAACUCAAUUAAAGUUUAUUGCGCUGAUAUGCAAAAAGUGUUGCUGCUUCCAAAGUUGUCACUAAAAUCUUCAGUUUUUGUAAGCAAGUUAGUUGUUUUCAAUGAAACAUUUGCGUCUUUAACCAAAGAUGAAGAAAAUAUUUGCAUUUUAUGGCAUGAAGCCAUAAGUGGUCGCACAGCGGAAGAUGUAGCAUCAGCUUAUUGCGCGAUUAUUCAACGAGCCUCAGUAGAAGUGGAACACUACGAAUUUUGGUGCGACAACUGUAUUGGCCAAAAUAAAAAUUGGAAACUAUUUACAUCAUUUGUAGUAAUUGCUAAUUCUAAUUGGGGUCCUCAAAGUAUCACAUUAAAAUAUUUUGAGCCCGGACACUCCUAUAUGAGGGCCGACAGUGUCCAUGGAAACAUUGGCAAGUCGUGGAAAAAGAAAAGCAACAUAUAUGACAUGAACGAACUAAAUGAACUAAUAUUGAAAACGUCCCGAAAAAAUAAAACACUAAUAAUGAAACAUGAUGAUUUUUAA